CCCAACUUAAAACUUCUCUGCUACCUACUAGCUAAUUUCUUGGAUCGAAGUUUGUGUUCAUGGCUUUCACUACUCUUGGAAACAUGUGCUCCCUCUUAGCUUUUGGAGUCACAUUUUCAGUUUUAUUUAACGGUUGCUUUGGAUUCUACCCUAAGCUCCUUAAUGUCUCAUUGGCAGCAUCUGAGUAUGAUUGGUCCCCAGCCGGCGCUACAUGGUAUGGCAGCCCCACAGGGGCUGGAAGUGAUGGUGGAUCUUGUGGCUAUGGAGGAAGUGUGUCGCAAGCGCCAUUUUCGUCAUUGGUAUCGGCUGGAGGCCCUUCUCUGUACAAAUCUGGCAAAGGAUGCGGUGCCUGUUAUGAGGUAAAAUGCACGAGUAAUUCAGCCUGUUCGGGAAACGCUGCGACCGUAGUAAUCACAGAUGAAUGCCCCGGCUGUGUUUCAGAGUCGGUUCAUUUCGAUUUAAGUGGUACUUCUUUUGGUGCCAUGGCUAAGUCUGGUCAGGCUGAGAAGCUCCGUGAUGCUGGGGUCUUGCAAAUUCAAUAUAGAAAAGUUGAAUGUAACUAUCCUGGAACGACCAUUGCAUUCCACGUCGAUGCGGGUUCCAACCCUAACUAUUUCGCCACCCUAAUUGAAUACGAAGAUGGAGAUGGUGACCUUGCCUCGGUUGACCUGAAACAGGCGCUUGACACUGACACCUGGCAACCCAUGCAACAAUCCUGGGGUGCUGUCUGGAAACUCGACGCCGGUUCCCGGUUGCGGGCUCCCUUCUCUAUCAAGCUAACCUCACUCGACUCUCGCAACACCAUUGUGGCCACCGGUGUGAUUCCGGCGGGAUGGGAGCCUGGGAAAACCUAUAGAUCGGUUGUUAAUUUUAAAGUCUAAGUUGGUAUAUAUAGAUAUAAUACGUGUGUAUUAAUGUAGUGUUGGCGAGUUUGAAGUCAACAUGUGUCAUAUUCUUCCAAGACUCAAGUGUUAAUUGCUUGAUUGCAUAUGUUUUUGGAAGAAUUUUAUUAAAACUAUAUAGUUCAUAGCUUUAAUCGUAUGAGUAAUUCCGUUUCUCUUUUCUUUUUCCAGA